AUGGGAGGAAAGGGCAACAUCUUUGUCAGCAGACAUGCGUGGGUUUCGGCCACACCUCGUCUUCUCUAUGCUUGUCUGAUUUAUUCCAUGGGCAGCAUCUUCUUUGGUCAGUUUCCCAUCGUCCCAUCGUCUACACUGAAUCAUGACGGCGCGUCUUUCGCAGGAGUGCAAGCCUUUACCCCCUUUGCAAAACAGUUUGGCGAAUACAAUGCCAAGUCGAAAACAUACUCUCUACCAGCCUCUCUCGCUUCUCUGAUGAACAGCCUUGCUCUCAUUGGGAAAUUCUUGGGAACCAUUGUAGUUGGUCCGCUCACGGAGAGAUUGGGCCACAAAAAGGCCAUGCUCAUUACUUGUGCAACUCAGAUCACUGGUGUCAUUAUCCAGGUAACUAGCAAGCAUCCCGCGCAAUAUACAGUCGGGCGCAUCAUUAUUUACACCGCCGUUGGUUUGGUCGAGAAUAUUGUUCCCACUUACCAGACUGAAAUCUCUCCAUCUCCUCUGCGAGGCUUCUUUGUCGGAUCGAUUCAACUUUUCCUAACUUUCGGGUCUCUUAUUGCCGGCAUCGUCAACAACUCCAUGUCAUACUACACCACGGAUGCCGGCUGGAUAAUCGCUACAGCUCUCCAAGUCCUCCCGGCUAUCAUCAUUCUUGCCGGAAUACCCUUCACUCCAGAUUCUCCCCGCUGGCUUGUCAGCAAAGAUCGCACCGAAGACGCCCUCAAAUCCUUGAAGAAACUUCGCCGGAAGGAAGAUGUUGAUAACGGUGUUGUCGAACUCGAGAUUGCUGCCCUUCGUGAAGAAGGCCAGAACACGGUCAAAAAGGAUGGUUGGAUGGCGCUAUUUAACCGCAAGAACAGGAGGCGUACAGGUAUUGCCGUCGUGAUUAUGGCUCUUCAACAACUCACCGGCGUCACCUUUAGCAGCUCCUAUGGUCCCACCUUCUAUAAACAAGUCGGCUUGGGCACCAUGGCCUUCGCUUACGCUGCAAUUAACAAUGGAGUCUCGGUCGUUACCGCCAUCAUCGGAAUGCUCGCCCUCGACGCCUUUGGCCGCCGCGAAGUUACUUUUUGGGGCAACAUUAUCCAAGCCUUCUUUCUUUGUCUGAUUGGUGGUCUCGGCUCAAAGGCCAACCGCUCGCAAUCAGAGACUAGCGGAAUGGUGGCAUCAUUCAUCUUGUAUGCCGCAGCCUUGCACGCCACACUUGGUCCGGCUGCCUACAUCACUGCUGCCGAGGUGGGCACGGCCUCGCUCCGAGAAAAGACCAUGGCCCUGGCUACGGCAGUCAAUGUUGUUGUUGGCUUUAUCGUCGUUUUCACGACGCCAUAUCUUCUCUCUGCUCCGUACGCAAACCUCGGUCCUAAUCUGGGAUAUGUAUGGGGCGGUUUUGCAGCCUUGGGAGCAGUGUGGGUUUGGUUUUGUAUGCCGGAGCUCAAGGGGCGUAAUCUGGAAGAAAUUGAUCAAUUGUUCGAUGCGAAGCUUCCUGCUUGGAAGUUUGCGUCCUACAAGACAACGGGCAUGUCGCAUGAUUUGGCCACACUAGAAAACAGUAAGGAUGUCAAGGUCGAGAUAACGGAGCAUAAGGAGCACACGGACAAGAUCUAA